CUGGAGCUGCUGGUGGCAUUAGCUUCAGCAGACAGAGAUUCACACACACAAAAAAGGAGAAACAGCCAGAGAGAAAAGAGGCAUCAGCAGAGUUAAAACAGAAGCACUCACACUGAGGAGUGAAGAGCAGAGGCUGAUCAGAGAAGCUUAAGAGCAGCUCUUUCUUUAAGACUGGUAAUCUUCAGAGUGCCUGGACUUGGAGGUUUGAGGAGUGUUUGUUUGGCUCGACUUUGGACGGACUCUCGCUUGGUUGCUCCUGAGAGACUGACAGACUUUUCUUCAAGUAGGACAAGGCACCAGAGAGACAAGUUUGAGACUGUCUCUAAGCAGUCAACUGCCUUCUUCCAGCUGUUUUCACACCUGGUGUUUCAUUUGAUUUAAAGUAGGUUUGAUUUCAUAUCCUUCUGGGCUUCUGUUCUACCAAUGGCUGCUGUGCGUCAGAUGGUUAUGGAGGCCUCUGGCUUCCACGUCCUGCCUGCCCACCUUAUGGCCUCAGCCAUGGAGGAGUUCCCCCAGCAGCUGCCUGUCCCCAAGGGCCCAGCGAGGGGCAAGAGCCGCUCCCGCCGGCCUCGCGAGGCUCGCUUCAAAACACAGCCCGUCACCUUUGCCGAGAUCGCAGAGGUAGAAGAAGAAGGUUCCUCUCCGCUGGAGGAGGAGAGGGCACGUCGCUCCUUCCUUCAGUCCCUGGAGAACCUGCGGCGGAGCACACAGACCCUCCACUGCCCGCCGGCUGCCCAUCAUCAUAGCUGCACCCCCACACCCACACAGGCCAGCCUGGACUCCAGUGACUCCGACUCCACCCAGUGAAGGCUGGGACACGCCCACCUCCCUGCACCCAUGUUUCUCGCUUUCGCCUUGACGCCGCUUCAAAUGGAGGCCAACUGAACUGAACCAAACUGGCCUGUCUGCCAGCCUGCCUGUGUGUGUAAGCUGCUGCUGUCAUACAAAAGUCUGCAUUUAAUAUAUACUAACAUAUCAACAUACAGUAUAUAGUUUGAAGAUGCACUUGAUGCAUAUCUGUAAAGAUCUCUACCAGUGCCACAGGCUGGUUAUACUGCUGUAUAGAUAUGAUGAGUGUAAAAGUAGCAGAUGACACAGUGUUGAACACACCACUCUUCAAAUGUAUUCCUUUUCUACUGUAGAUGUCUUUGAGAAAAACUUGAAAGAUGGUUGAUAUUUUUCCAUUUUAAAGUUGUAUAGGUAUUUUUCUUUCAAUCCAGAUUUUUCUACUUGACCAGUCACCAUAGAGAGGACUGUUAAAAAACAUGUUAAGUAUUGUGACUUACCACACUGUAAAUACUGAGACUAAGCAAUGUACUGAGCAUCAAAAGUGACCAGGCUGUCAUUGAAGCAGUAGAGUACCAUUACAAAGCUUUGUUAAGACUUGUUUUCCAACCUCACAAAUGAAUGAAAUCUCUGCUCUUGCUUCAAUUCCUGAGCAAAAAAAAAAAAGCAUUUCUAAAUGUCUUUAUUUAUUCUCUUAUUUUGUUCAUAACCACGUGAUAUUCUGACUUCUAAAGUUACCUUGACUUUCAAAGAAAAGCAUAACCUUUAUACUUUAUUUUACUUUAUACAUGCAGUAUAUGUUACAAUGUUUGUGAUAUGUACUUUAAUAAAUAUUUUCAAGUA